GGUUGCAUGAACGUUAGAGCCGGGACUCUUAUUUUGACGUGUUUGACGCCGUGUUAAACGCUGUUUAUACGCUGGCAGUAAAUGUGUUGGCUGAAAUGCUGAGGUCACCAGGUCUGAUCCGCCUGACCUUCUCCAUAGCAGCUCCUGGGCAUCAAUGUCUCCGUCAGUCUCAGAGUAUCCGCCCGCUCCUCUUCCCUUACACACAGACAGGGACGAGGGGUGCAAGCUGGACCAGGUCUUCUGUCAUCGUACCAAAUAACCAUCCGCCAUUCCCACUGCAGUGCCGAGCUCUCUCUGCCAGUUCUGAUCUUGCCUCAAGGAAAUACUCAUUAAUUUACACUUUUCCAGCCAUCAAAGUACUGCGGGCGCUCUCCAGACUCAAGCUCCUGCAGACAGGCAUCACCACUGCUCUCCUGCCUGCCGUCUUUUAUUUUUACCUGCAGGAACAGGCGUCUGUCACCCUGCUGACCUACACCACAGGUAUCGCAGCUUUUGCUGCAGUCAUGCUGUACGCCAUAAGCCACUACAUCAGGCGAGUAGUGGGGAUGAUGUACCUGGACUCGACCCAGACCACAUUAAAGGUGUCCCACCUCUCUUUCUGGGGAUACAGGAGGGACAUGUACCUGCCCAUUUCAGACGUCAUGACCCUGGGAGACACAGGCGACUCUCCUGGUGAAGCCAUCCUGCGGCUGAAGCGAUACAGCUGCUCCGACACUAUGUAUUUCUCACCUAGGCUGGGGCGGGUGGUAGACAGAGACGGCUUUGAGAAAGUGUUCGGGUCUUUCUCUUGAUGGUGGUCAAAUUGUAGCCCUGUAAAUUAUGUCUGGUGUAAUGUAUGCAAGCUUUUAUUAGCUGUUAAAUUAUAAGAUGUUAAUAAAAAGAUGCUUUCUUA